GUCAUGAUAAGUAGAGCUGAUUAUUAUUUCAAGCGUAGUUUCGCUUUGGCCUGCUUUACCUUGGACACGUUUACAUGAAUGUGAGUAUCUGUACGUCACCCCAGAAGUGUAGUGAUGAGGUGAAGGCAGCCAAAGAUGUAGUCAAACCCUCAACAGCUGGAACCACCAUCUUCAGUAAGAUUCUGGACAAGACCAUACCAGCAAAUAUUCUGUUUGAAGAUGAUCAGUGCCUAGCCUUCAGUGACGUGUCUCCCCAGGCUCCGGUACACUUUCUUGUGAUCCCGCGAAAACCCAUCACAGGGAUCAGUGCUGCACAACCAGAGGACCAGCAGCUCCUUGGCCACUUACUGCUGGUGGCUAAAGCUGUUGCUGCAGAGCAAAAGUUGGACAAUGGGUACCGAGUAGGUAAGGGUCAGAUUACAAACAAUGGGUACCGA